UCGCGCCGAUAACCUCUUUUUGAGCAGGCAGGGCGAACACUCGCUGGCGCGCGACAGCUGUGGGUUCAGCGUAACUUUAGUUUGGAUCAGUAUUUUUGGACGCCGUAAGUUUGGAGGAGGCGGGCGCGAGCGAGCCAAAGAGCGCGCACUCCGCGCGAGCUCGCGUUCCUGCUGGGUUUUCAAAAUCUACUGCGCCGUCUAACUAGACAGCAUACCUAGUCAUCGCUGUUCGUCCCGAGGCGGCUGAAAACGACCGAAGUCACGGCCAACAAAAAAAAAAAAUCUGCACGUGCCCGCAACGUAGGCGGCUCGCACUGGGUUUUAAGUCGCGCCGUCUUUCGGCUCCGAUCGGCGGGGAAGGAAAUUUCCCGGGAUUCCCGUAAAAACGUAUUUCGGUGUAGCCUUUGGUGGUUGCUUUUGUUAAAAAAUGUAAAUGUAACGCAUCUUUGACGCUCGCUGCGAUUUAAAUGGAUGCAUGGUCACAUCGCAAAUGUAAAAUGUGGAGGCGGUGACAGUUUUCUUAUGAGCUGCCCGUUCGUUCAAAUCACCUCAAUGCUACUCCGUUCAACAUCACGCUUGUUUCUGAGGGAGCAGGCACUAUUCAGCUUGAAGGCACACGUCUUCCAGAUCGACCCGGCCACUAAACGAAACUGGAUUCCCGCCAGCAAGCACGCCGUCACUGUCUCCUUCUUCUACGAUGCCGGCAGGAGCGUGUAUCGCAUCAUCAGCGUAGGGGGCACUAAGGCGAUCAUCAACAGCACCAUUACUCCUAAUAUGACCUUCACGAAGACGUCACAGAAGUUCGGCCAGUGGGCGGACAGCAGGGCCAACACGGUGUAUGGCCUCGGGUUCGCCACGGAGCAGCAGCUGCAGCAGUUCUCGGAGCAGUUUAAAGAGUUUAAGGAGGCUGCGCGGCUCAUCCGAGACAAAUCACAGGAGAAGUUUGAGUUGCUGAGUCCAGGCCUAAACAUCUCUUCUCCACAGGUGCUGUGCGAGGACCGUCACUCUCCCCCGUUGCUCGGCGUCAACGGCUCCAGCGAGGACAAGCUGUAUCGCAGCAAGAGCGCUGAUAUGGAGGAGUCCACGGAGAAAGAACAGAUGAGGAAGAUGCUCUCUGAAGGGUCGAUUUGCGAGAGGAACUCGGACGGCGAGCUGUUUUCUCUUCGGGACAGCAACGCUAAGCUGGUGUCCGCUCUUCAUGAAGCUAACAGCAACAUCGAUCAAUGGAAAAAACAGUUAGUGGAGUAUCAGGAGGAAACCGAUCGCCUACGAGAUCAGGUUGCAGAGCUGGAGGCUCAGAGCGGGGUUUCUGUCUCCAGCGAGACGGCCAGCGAGGAGCUCACACAGACUGUGGCGGAGAUGGAGGCUCUCAUCAGAGCUAAAGAUGAGGAAAUCAGCAUUCUACGGGGCAAGAAACCAGACGUAAAUGAGCUGGAGAAAGAAAGAGAAGAAGCCUCUCAGAAGAUACAGGAUCUGGAAGAGAAGAACUCGGAGCUGGAGAAACGCGUGCAAACAGCAGAGGGCGCUCUGGCUUCGUCCCAGGACGCUCGGAGCAGGGCAGAGAAUGCGGUCCAGAAGGUCAUCGACACUUUAGACGUCAAGAUCUACGACCUGAGCGACCUGCGACAGAACCUCGCCAAGCUCCUGGAGAAAUGACCGCCGCGCUCAGACAAUGAGGUAGACGGGAUCUCCGGAGGCGUCGUUGCUGCACGACUGAACGGUUCCUCGUGGUAAUAACUAAAGAGGUGAUAACUAGCAUGACGAUGUUUGAAUAUAGGACCCAUUCAUUCCACAUUUGCUUCCUGAGAGCCAUGCCGCACAGAACUGGGCCUGUUUGCUUGCAAUAGUCACGAGGAAAAUCACAAACGGACUAGAUUGGUACCCGUUUAUUGGUACUAGAUAUCAAUAUAGUUGAAAUCGUUGUUAAGCUCUGUCAUUUGGUUGCGACUAGUUUCCUUAUUAGACCAAGGCUUCGAAACAGACGGUCCUGUAGAUGUAAGCUACCGUUCGAUGUAUGCGUCAGUAUUGUUGUUAGAUACGCGGUUAGAGGCGAAAAAUGAAAAUGUCUCGCUCUUUUACGGACACCAGCCCGUCUCUGUUAGGACGUCGAGCCACUCGCCGGCUUCCGGUUUCUCGUAGGUCCGCUUAAUGUAGGGCUUUUGCGAUCGACAGCCAGAGAAACGGGGGAAUCUAAGCACAUGGCACUAACAAACGUGACUUGAUGGUUUUCCGUGUAUUCGUUUGAACUGGUCUGAAUGCGUCUAAUGCGGUUCUGCCAGGUUUUGAAGAGCGCUUCGAUUUUUAAUUUCCACUUUCUAUAUUCCAUUAGAUCGAAACAGCACUUCAAAAUGCAACAACCCUUUAGGAAAAACACUUUUUAUAGACCACUGUCUCAGCAUGCAUCUUUAUACCGAGUGUUGUAGUGCAUAUAUAUAUUCGUCCUCUUUUUACAAACGUCUACUUUAACAGUUGCUUUCAUUUUAGCUUGCCCCGUAACCUCAAAGACAUUUGCACAUAUGCUAUUUUUCUAUUGCGUGCCUGUUGUUGCCUGUGGUUUUAUAUGAAUUCCCAAUAAAAGUAUUUGCUUUGUG